UGGUUGGGUAAUAACAGCCCAGGAAGGUGGGAAAAUUAUCCCGCUCAUUGGCGUAGAAAUCAAAGUCUCACUAAUUUGAUUUCACUUUGUGAUGAAUCUCAAACUCACACUCUCCUUCUUCCCAUCACCAUCUUCCACCAUGGAAGCUCGUCUCAAAAUCUUCAACCCUUCCCUUCUGGGUCACCGCUUAGCCUCAAAAACCAAAACCUCCACACCCAUUUUCCCUUCACACCAUUACCACUACAACCCUCUUCAAAAACCACUCAAAAUCUCAUCAACUCUCACUCGUUUUUCUCACUCACCCAUUCCUCCAAAUUCGAAUCCUCAUAGUCAUAGAUUCUUCUCUUCACUCACAUCUUCUAAAAAUCUCAACUUUUCAAUACCCAAUAACACUCUCAACAACCCCUUUACCUCAAAUUCACAAUCAACUAGUAUUGUUUGGAACCCAGCUUUGGAAAACGGAAAUGAAGGUUUUUACGGUGGAAACAAAAACCGUGUUGUUACGGUGGUUUUGUUGGGGUGGCUUGGAGCAAAAACCAGACACCUUAAAAGAUAUGCUGAAUGGUACAAUUCACGUGGUUUUCAUGCGGUUACUUUUGUUGUUGAUGUGAAAGAGAUUCUUGGAUUUGACCUUGGACGUGUGCUUGAGAAAAAAAUUGAAAUUUUUGCUGAGGAAUUGGCUUCAUGGGUUUCUUGUGAGGAAAAGGAUGGGAGAGAAAGAUGUUUGAUUUUUCACACUUUCAGUAACACUGGUUGGUUUGUGUAUGGUUCUAUUCUUGCUAGAUUCAUGGAUAGUCAUAAUGUUGUUAUGGAGAAGAUUAAAGCAUGCAUUGUUGAUUCUGGAGGGGCUGAGCCUUUUAAUCCUCAGGUCUGGGCUGCUGGUUUUGCUACUGCUAUAUUGCAGAAACGCAGCUCUUCAACACAAGCUUUAGUCGACGUAGGAAACAAGCCUAAAUCAGAGACAACGAUUCAACAAAAUGAACCUUCCAUAGUUGAAAUUGUGGUGUUGUCACUAUUAGAGAAGAUAUUCUCAUUUCUUUUGCAGUUGCCAGAAUCGGAUCGGAGGUUAAGGAAGGUUUUCAAUCCCCUUGCGGAGCACCAGCCUUGUCCUCAGCUCUACCUGUAUAGUACAGCUGACAAAGUAAUCCCGUUUCGAUCAAUAGAAGUGUUUAUUGAGGAGCAGAGAAAGAUCGGAAAAAGGGUUAAAUCCUAUAACUUUGGUUCAUCUCCCCAUGUGGAUCAUUACAGGAAUUUUCCAGACGUAUAUCUAUUACAAGUUACUGAAUUCUUGAACGAGUGUUUUGAUACACACAAAAGGACCACAGAUGCAUUAAGUUCCAAUCCACUUGAAGUGUAGAAUUAUUGAUGCAAUUAUUAGUGGUAAUUAGUAAUCACACAAUAGCAUAAUUCUUUUGAUUAUUAAUAUAAAUAAGAUUAGUGAUUAACAAAAACCAACACGGCCUACUGAUGAGGCCCUAGUUUCUGGUUUUGUUAAAUUGAUGAAGCAGUUUACAUGAAGCCAGAAUUAUGCGCCUAUAGUUUGAACAAAUUGAUUCACAUGUUGGUUAGAUACACUAACACUGUGUUUGGUAGAAGAGAGAAAGGAGAGGGAAAAGUUGAAGAGAGAGAUAUAAGAUAAAAGCUCUGCAAGUGCAAUCUGCUCCUAUCAGUUUGCAUGGUAGACAUUCACCAGUAUUAUCUAUCAGUAUAUUUAUGUUAUGCUUAGUACUGAAAUUUUCCCCUAUAAAGCAAUAAAACGACUAUUUAUCAACCGUUCUGUGAAAGGCGAUGUUCCAUAUUGUAUCCAAAUUUACAUCUUAAACAAUGCAUUUUAUCCAAGUACUAGAUAUUCAAUUUGAUCAUCAUUCAUUUUGGAGAACAGAACAAAUCAUUUUGAAUCAAGUUCAGUUUAACCCCUAAA